AUGGAAAUUAAUAUUUCGAAUAUAACAAAUUCGAGUAAUAAUAAAAAGGAGAGAGUGAAUAUACACAGUCAUAUAAAAGGGUUAGGUGUUAAUACAAAUAUAUAUCUUCAUGAAAAUGAGAUAAGUUUAAGUGAUGAGAAAUAUUCGAUGUUCUUUGAUAAUAGUUGUGGAUUAGUAGGUCAAUUUAAAGCUAGAGAAGCUUCUUUAUUUCUAGUUGAUUUAAUAAAACAAAAGAAAUUAGCUGGUAAAUGUAUUCUAUUAGCAGGACCUAGUGGUAGCGGUAAAAGUGCCCUAGCUAUUGGUAUAAGCAGAGAAAUAAAUAGAAAGAUGCCCUUUGUUUUUUUAUCAGGAUCAGAGGUAUAUAGUAAUGAAAUAAAGAAAACUGAAGUUAUUCUUGAAGCAUUUAGAAAAAGUAUACAUAUAAAAAUUAAAGAAGAAAAAUUGGUUUACGAAGGAGAAGUUGUUGAUAUGGUUGUUGAAGAAAAUGAAUGCUUAUAUUCUUUAAAUAAAGCUAAACAAAUUAAUGCAAUUAUUAUAACUUUAAAAACUGUUAAAGGUUCUAAAACAUUAAGAUUAGCACCCAAAAUACAUGAACAAAUAGCCAGAGAAAAAAUUAAAAUUGGUGAUGUUAUUUAUAUAGAAACUAAUACCGGACAUGUGAAAAGACUAGGAAGAUGUAAUGAUUAUGCAAAAGAAUAUGAUAUAGAAUUUGAUGAAUAUGUAUCCUUACCAAAAGGAGAAGUACAUAAAAAAAAAGAAGUUGUUCAACAAAUAUCCUUACAUGAUAUAGAUUUAGCUAAUGCAAACCCAACCGUUGGAGAAGACCUAGCAUCUGUAUUAAAUUCUUAUCUAAGACCUAAAAAAACAGAAAUUACGGAAAAAUUAAGAGUAGAAAUUAAUAAAACUGUGAAUAAAUUUUUAGAAUCUGGACUAGCCGAAAUUAUCCCAGGAGUUUUAUAUAUUGAUGAAGCUCAUAUGUUAGAUAUAGAAUGUUUCUCAUAUCUUAAUAGAGCAAUCGAAUCUCCUUUAGCACCUAUUCUUAUUAUGGCAACAAACAGAGGUAUAUGCACCGUUAAAGGUACUGAUAACAUCGAACCUCAUGGUAUACCUGUAGAUUUAUUAGAUAGACUUAUUAUUAUUAAAACUUUUCCUUAUACAUUAAAAGAAAUUGUACAAAUAUUAGCUCUUAGGGCUCAAACAGAAAAAAUCAAUAUUACUGAAGAAGGUAUGAAUUAUCUAGCCAAAAUCGGAAUACAAUCAUCUCUACGAUUUGCUAUGUUAUUAUUAGAACCAUCAAGAAUUAUAGCUAGCUUAGAAGGAAACACAAUUAUUGAUAUAAAACAUAUAGAACAAGCAGAUGAAUUAUUUAUGGAUGCAAAAACAUCUGCUCAUCGUGUGGUAGAUCAGUCGAAUAAAUUUGUUAACUGA